AUGACGCAGAAGUUGUUGCCUUCAGACUUAGAAGAAAUCUUUGGGAUUGACAUCAACAUAAAAGAAGUUAAGAAAAAAGAAGAAAAUGAAACAAAAAAACCGAAGAAAAUGAAUGAGCAAAACCAAAAAAUUUUACAAAAAUUUGACAGUUAUGACACAGAACAUAAUGGAGAAUUAGAUGUAUAUCAAUUAAAGAAGUAUAUUGAAAAAGAAUUUAAUAUUUGUUUAACUGAAGAAACAAUUAAAUAUCAUUGUGGUCAAACAUUCUUACAAAAAGCUUAUAAAGUUCAACGAAGUGAAUUUAUUGCAUUUCAUAAAUACAUUACAUCUAAUUUAAAUGAAAUAAUGAAAGAAAAAACAGGAAAUAUUUUUAAUUCAUUUGAAAAUCAAUUUGCUGAUAAAACUGGCGUUGAUAUUCAAUACAAGUAUCUUGAUAGAAAUAUUUUUACUAUUUCUUCAUUUGAUAAACCACAUGCACUUAUUUCUCCACAACAACAACGUCCAAAUGAUAAAUACCAUCAAAUUAUUUACAACCAAUUAUUUAAUCAGUCAAUAUCAAUUUUUCAAACACCAAAAAAAUAUGUUAGUGUAUUUGAAGGUAAAGAACCAACAAAAGUCUCAUUAUCAUCUAAUAAUGAAGAGUUUAAUGUUGACUCACUCAUUCAAACAGAAACACGUAAACCUGGUUCAAGAAAGAAAAAGAAUAAAUUUUUAUUCCAAAAUUUUAAUGCUAAAAUUACUUCAGAUGAAUUAUUAUAUUCAACAACAUUAUGUAACGCUCAACCUCGUCCUAUUCAAGAAUUAUUAAAAGUAAGAAAACCUACUAUUGUUAAUAUUACCAAAUUUCAAAUAAAUAUGACUACCGAUAAUUUAUAUUGUAGAAUGAGUUUAUAUGAUAAAAAUUAUAUUAAAUUAACAUCAGACUUCUAUUUUACAUUAACAUCAGAUGUUUUAAAAGAUCAUAUAAAAGAAAAUAAACCACUUAAUGUUCCAUUAGUAUCAAUUCCUUUAAAAGAAGAAUUUAUUGGAGAAGAAGAAAAUUAUGUUGUGUUACAAGUUUAUAAACAAAUGGAUCCAAAUAUUGAUUUUGCACGAGAAAUUUUUAGUGACGAAGGUCAAAAAGAAUUAAAAACUAAAAAGAAAUAUAUUGAUGGAAUUAAAGAAUCAACUCGUAUCUUUGAACAAAAAGGAAUGUUACAAUUAUUAAUGUUUAGUGCUGCGUUAAUUAAAUUUAAACCAAAAUAUGAUCCAUUUAAAUUAGUUAAACCAGUAGGAGAUCCUAAAGAUGUUGUUUCAAUGAUUAAAGAUGUUGAUAGAAUGAAAACUUGUGGGUAUUGGGAAUUUUUAUUUAAACCAUCAAAAAAAGAAGAUGUUCAUUAUGAUGGAUUUAUGGUAACUAAUACUCAAGAUGGGACAAAUGGGUCUCAAUUUUGUACUAUGACUGAUUUAUCUAUUCAAGAGAAAGAGGAUAUUUUUAUGGACUAUGAAAAUUUAUUAUUUGUUUAUCCAACUGAAAUUUGUCUUGGUAAAGAGAAAAAAAGAAAUGGAGUUUGUGUUACUGUUUAUCUAAGAGAUAAUGAUAAUGACAAAUUUACUCCAGGUGUAUCUAAACCAAUGGCGGCUAUUUAUCCAAUGGCUAAUACUCCUAUACAAUCACUUACAAGGUCAUUUACUACUGCUGUAUCAGUAGACAAGAUUGGUCAUUUUAUUGAUGAAAUUAAGAUCCAAUUGCCUUUCCCUUUAACUGAUAAACACCAUUUAUUAUUUCAUAUCAAAGACAUAAAUUGUGAAGAUGGAACAGAGGGAAGACAUUUCUAUGCUAAACUUCCAUUAUUAGAUAAUGGACAAAUUAUUGAAAAUAAAGAACACACUGUCCAAAUUAUGAAAGAAAUGACAAAAAAAUAUUUAAGUGUAAUUGAUAAUUACGAUGUAACAAAAGUUUAUUUAAAGGUCAAUAUUCGAUUAGUCUCUACUAUUUAUCCUGAACAUUCUUCAAUUUCAAAAUAUUUAUCAGGAACAGAAAGCAUUAAUAAUAUCAUUACUGUUGAUAGUAAAUUGGAUAUCCUUCAUUUCUUUCCUUCUAUUCUUCAAAAAUGUCUAGAAGAUGCUACUUCAGGAAAACAAGAAAGUCUUAUUAAGUUAUUUGAAAUAGCCAAUUUGAUUGAAAAUAAUAAAGAGAUGUCUCAAGAUCAAAAAGAAAAGUAUCGAAUAUAUAAGAGUCCAAUAAUACUCGAUAGUAUCAAUCAUUUUGUUUCAUAUAAAAGUGAUGAUGGGAGAUAUUAUUGUCAAGUUAUUACUUCAUUACUACCAGUAUUAUUUGCUAAAAAUGAGAAUAUUUGUAAAGAACGAUUAAAAUAUAGUUGGGUUAUUUAUUCAUUAUUAAUCAAGUCAAUUAUUGGAUAUUUAAAGGAUUAUAAAGCAUUUGAUGCUCCUAACUUUCAUGAUUUUUGUUUUAGUGAGCAAGGAAAAUAUGUUGGAUUUAAUUUAUCUACAAAUGUUUCUUUAUGUUCUGAAUUUAUUUGUUAUUGUUCAGACUUAGAUAUUGUAGAACUCAGUGUAAUUAGAGACGCUAAUUUGUUCUUUGCUGAAUUCAUUAGAGACUUAGCUAUAAUGUGGAGACAUGAUGAAAUGGCAAAACUUGUUGAUACUCAUCUUGAUCGUCUUUCAAUGCUUAAAAUACAUGACCCAGAACAAGCAAAUUUCCAACAAUUACUUCGUCUUGAAUUUAUUUCAGUCUUAGCUGAAAGUGAUAGGUUAUAUCAAAUUAAUGGACCACAAUUACUUGAAAUUAAAGAAAUUAAUAAAUUAAAUGAUCAACUACAACAACGACACACUUUAAUGUUUAUUAUAUUAAGACAGUACUUCCAAUUAAUAUUAACUCAUGAUAAAACAAUUAGUAAAAUGGCAUUACAAGAAUUAAUUAAUAUUAUGAAUAAAUAUGAUCUUGAUAAACAAUUUUCAACUCAAACAGAACGUGAUAAAUUCUUUAAUAUGAUAUUUCCAUUUGUAUUAUUUAUUCUUGAUGAUUCAGAAAAAAUUAAUGAAUGGAAAGCAAAAGAUUGUUUAGCAGAUUUAUAUGAUAUUGAAUCACUUUAUGUUAUUUUCUUCUUUAUUCUUAAAAAUUUAAAAGAAGAAACCGUUCAACAGUGGUUAGUUUCUGAUUUCCUUCCAAGUCUUCUUAAUUCAUUAUUAACUCAUAUCAGAAAAGCAUUAUUAUUAUUUAGUAGAUAUCCAAACACAUUUAUUCCAAAUACAUCAAAAACUUAUAUUAAGGAAUUAAUAACUAUACUUAAUGAUAUAUCAAAAAGUGCCCCAAGUUCUAAAACCCCUUCACCUGGGCUAAACAGAAACCAAUCAUCAACUAAAUUACAUCCAGGAUUAGGACUUGGUGUUUCUGGAAGAAGAUCAUUAUUAUUAAAGAAACCUGUAGAAACAACAUCUGAAGAAAUUCCACAAUCACCUAGAAAAGGAGAAAGGUCAAGUCCAUCCUUAGAUGGAACAAAAAAGAUAACUGGGUUUAUGGAAAGAUCAGGAAAUGCACAAUUUUUAGCAGGAAGAAAUAGGUCAAAUUUGAUGACAUCAUCAGAAAAUAAUACUAAUACUGGUAGAGGUACUGAAGAUGAUUUAAUUAUUGACAUUGCAUUGAUUUCAAUGGAUUUUGUUGAAACUACUAUUGGAGUAUUGGUAAAUGAAGAAAAUACUCAAGCACUUGAAAGAGCACAAGAAAUUAUUUCAUCAGUACUUUUUGAAGUUAAACCAAAUGAUAGUUAUCUUAUUAGUUUAUACGAGUUUAUAAGAACUAUGAUUAUUACAUAUAAAGAAUUCAUUUUUAAAAGACCAAACAACUUAGCUUUGAACUUACUGAAAAAUUUAUUGCGACUUUCUAAUUCAGCUACUAAAAACCAAAAAAAUUUUGCUAAUAACUUAAUUUUCAUCUUUGCUAAAACAAAUUUCAUUGUUACAGGAAAUACAGUUUCUACAAUAGUUAAUGCUACAAGUGCUUUGUCAGAGCUUCAAUUUAAUGAUGUUCAUAGUAUUGAAGAGUCAAUUAAAGGUUUAGUUAAUUUGGCAGAAAAGUAUCAUGAUAACUUUAAUAAUAAACUUCAAAAAUGCAUUGAAUUAUCACUUAAUGAAGGAGUUAGGAGAAAUAAAUCAUUACAACGAGUUCAACGAUUAUACAAAGCAAUUGAUGCAGGUGAUCUUGAUGUUUUUAUUACAUUUGUUUUAGAAUGUAUUAAUGUAUUAAAUGGAUUACUUGACUUUACAAUAAAUGCAGAACCAACAGUAAUAAAUGGAUAUAUUGGAAUGAAAAGAGAGUUAGUUAAAAUGUUUAAAACAAAUGAAAGUUCUAAAAUGGUUAAAUGUUGGAUAGAAUUUAUUGAAAGUAAAGCUAUGAAUAUCAGUGAAACAUUUAAUUCAUUCCUUGAAGAAAAAAUUAAAGAAAUCAACAUUCAAUAUAAUAACUGUAUUGAAAAAAUCAAUUUAUUGGAAGGAAAGUGUGAUACUAAUGAAAAGGAAAUGAAAGACUUAGAAGAAAAAUGUAAGACUAAUAAAAAAAUUGGAGAACAAUUAUUAGACUGGGCAAAGAAAUCACUCUCAAUUGAUAGUUGUGACUUAGAACCAUUCGAUGAUGUUCAAUUAAUUAGAAAGAUUGAAGAAUUAGAAAAAGAACAAACAAAAAGAAGUAAUGAAGUUAAAACUAUGUUAGAUGAAUAUACCUCAUUUGAUAAAACACUAACAACUUUUAAGUUAUCUUCUAAUCCAUUAUUCCCUGUUACGAGUCAAGAAAUGAGUGAUGGUGUUAGAAAAGUUCUUCAAUUACAUCAGUCACGAAUUAAAGCUGUCAACAGUCAUCUACAAACAAGAACAUCAUAUGACUCAGAAAAAGAAAGAUAUACUAGUAAAAUACGUUCAUUUGAAAUGGUGAUAGAAAGAAAAUAUUUUGAUAUUUGCGAUGAUAUUAUGACAUUACCAUUUAAUAAAAUUUUCUUAAAAGAGUCUAUAGAUAAAUUAAAAGGAUUAAACCAAGUAUAUGUUAGUGAUAUUAAUAAACUUACUCAUAAGAAAGAAAAAGUUGGAGGAUUAAAACCAUCGUGGGAAAUUGCUUAUUGUAGUUGGGAAGAAAGUAUUAGUUAUGCUAUAUCAGUUGUGGAAUGGUUAGCACAAUUAAUUGAAAAUGUUAAGAAUAAUGAAGAAAAUAUAUUACAAAUGAAGAAAUGGUAUGAUAAUGAACGAACAUUUGUUAAAACAGUGAUAUCAGCAUAUUUAUGGGAUGGAUUAUAUAUUUCAUUAGAUAAAGUUACCAUGAGACAAUCCAAUGACUAUUUGAACACUCUUACCAAAGUUUCACAAUAUUUAUUGGACCAUGUCAAGGAAGCAGAAAAACAAUAUGAAGAGGCAAAUCGUUUAAUUGAAGAAUUACGAAAAAGAAAGAAAUUACCAAUAGGAUUUAAAUAUCUUCAAAUGGUACAAAAAGAACAUUUUCAAGAAGUAGAACCUUUAACAAAGCUAUUUGUUGAUAAAUGGAAGGAAGAAGAGAAAGUUGAAAAAAUUAGAAAAGACUAUGCAGCAUUAUUUGAAGAAUUUUUUAAUGAAACUGAUAAAAUUUGUAAUACAGAACCAUCAAAAGUUCCUGGUUCUGUUAUUCAAAAAGUACAAAGUUUAAGAGAUAAAUUAUUGAUUUAUGAUGAACAGAAAAUAGACAAGUUAAAUCGAUAUUGUGACUUAAAAAGAAGUGAACAAACAGUUUGGGCUAGGUGUUCUGCUUUAGGUAUUCCUGAAAAAGAGGUAAAACAAGAAAAUAAUGCUAAUAAAUCUCCAAGAAGUUCCAUUUACCUAUACAGUGGUAGAAGUCCUAGUCUUCAAACUCCACAAACUGGGUUCCAAAGAGGGUCAAGAAGAGGAGAUGAAAAUAAAGAUAUUAUUGGAUAUUUUAUUACAAAUGAAGAAAAUGUUAAACCAGAUUGUUUCUAUGACCUUUCUGUUGGUCAAAGAGAAGCAUUUGAUAAAGACUUAAAGAUUGUACAAGACGAUAUUGUAAAAAUAUUAAAUAAUUUGAAUAGCCUCAAUGAAUUAAAGAAUCAAUCACAAGAUCCACAAUUUGUGCUUGGUCGAUAUUACCAAUUUGCUAUGGACUAUGUUUCUGCACCUCAAUUACACAUGACUUGGAUCGCAAAAUUAGCAAACGAACAUAGAACAAAACAACAAUUUGUUGAAGCAGGAUUAUGUGAAGUUCAUUUAAUACUUUUCAUUCACCAUUUAUUACCAAGUGAAUUAGUGUCAAUCAAUGUUGAUUCUUUAAAAACAACUUUUGGUAAAUUUGUUAGAAAUACUUCUGUUCCUCCUAAUCCACAAUUCACUGCUCACCUUACAGAAGAAAUGAUUCUUCAACAUAUUACUGCUGCAUGUCAUGAUUUUGAGCAAGGUCAUAUGCCAUGGUAUGGAUUAACUGUAGCAUCCGUUGUUAUUCCAUAUUACAUUAAAAAGAAUAAAUACAAAGAAUUAGGAAAUAUUCAUGACUUUGUUAAUAGAAUGUAUGAUUCAUUGAUAAAUCAUAAUGGUGAUGGUGUUGUACGGGAUUAUCUUCAAUUUUAUUAUGUUAGAUUAUUUGGAAAAGUAUUUGGACCAGAGUUAAAUAGAUGUUCCUUCGUUUAUUCUUCAACAAAAGAAAAAAUGUCAUAUUUAUUAAAAGAAGUCACUGAUAUUCUUCCACCAUCUUUCACUGGGGAAAAACAUAUUUUACGUUCAUUAGAUCAAGUCAAUGAUACUGUAUUGAACGCACCAGAUAAUGAAUGUUAUAUUCUUUGGACUCAAGUCCAACCAGUCUAUGAUAAUGGAGACUUUAUUCAAUAUAGCUCAACAUUUAAUUUUGAUGAGUUAUGUGUUAAUAGAGAAGAAGGAGAAGAAAUAUUAUCAACAUCAAAUGCUCCAGCAUUGAGUUUGUUUAAAAAGAGAACAGUCUUACAAACAGAUUUUGUAUUACCUAGUUUAUUAAAAAGACAAAGUGUUAUUAGUCAAAGUGUUGUUUAUUUAACUCCAAUAGAAAUAAUUAUUGAAGAAAUUCAAAAGAGAAAGAAAAAUAUUGAUUACUUCCUUUCAGAAAGUAAAAAAUUCUUUGGAGAAGUUGCUUUUGAUAUUAUAAGUUUCUUACAGAAGAGUAUUGGGGAUUAUUUCUUUGGUUUAAAUGACAGUCCAGUUGGUAAGUCAAAUAUCUUUAAUACCAUGAAAAUUAUUGAUGUUUUAGAUAUUUUUUAUAAAGACCUAGACCGUUUUGACAUGGUGUUAUACAAUAAAUUGUUUGAUAUUUUAAAAGAAUCUACUAAUUGUUGUUCUGAAGCUCUUGCAGUCAUUAAAGAGAAUUCAAAAAUUAGAAAGAGUAGUGCUAAUUUAGAAAAGAUUGAACGUGAAUUACCAAGAAUUGAUAGAGUUCUUGAUGAUAUAGAAAAGAGAUUAGAAGAGAAAAAGGAGGAUGUCAUUGCAUAA